UCAGUUUAGAUUGCUUAAGGACCCAGAUUAUGUUCGGUUUAUGUAUUUAUUUUCGUCGCCUUCAUCUGAAUUAUUGCUGGAAUCGGUUGAAAAGGAUCCGAGUUAUCACAGUUCCGGCAAAAUUACAUUAUUAUGGCGACGGUUCCUCACCGCCAACGACCACAAAACGGCUCAAAUCACGUGGAAUCGUGUGGUUAUACCGCUAACACAUAUUCAACACGAAUACGAAUUAAUGUUUAGUUGGAGCCAAACAUACCGGGGAAGCUCUGGUAGCACUCGAAACAAGCAAAUCAUAGCAUUAGAUAACAUCAGUCUCUCUAAAGAAUGCUUUGGAAUCGGAAUGCCAGCCCCUCCGCAUCGACCGCUUCCCGACACAACGGCCUCAUUGCAUAUCGAUAUUCCUACGAAUACGUCACUCACCAGCUAUCGAUUGACUCCGUGCGGUGCUGUGGGUCGUGUGGGUCCUACUUAUAGACAAUGCGAACACUUUUAUUUAAAUAGCAAUACCAGAGCCGCAGUCAUCGAUACCUCUUCUAUC